AUGUUCUAUGUCAACAUCGGCAUCAAUGGCCCUGGAGAAGUUGCGCCGCCCAACAUGUCCCAUCCAGUCGUCGCACCUUUCCAGAUCACCGGUCCAUCGAACCAAGAAUACCCAGGCUCUUUUUGUCUACCACAAGUGCCUCUGGUACCCAACCUUACAUUCAAUAUCGGCGACAACAUCACAAUUCAAGUCAUUGAGACCGCUCAGCACGGUGCAGCCAUCUACAAUGUAAGCAACCUUACACGUUCGCUCCAACCCAGGACUGACGUAUCUGCCGCAGNNUGUGCAGAUGUAACGCUCGCAGAUCCAGCCGACGUACCAGAAGUGAAUGCAUCUAACUGCUUCAACUCCUCAGACCUGAGUUUCCAGUUGAUCUACGCAACCGGCAACCUCAGCAGCGGUGCUCUACCGACAGCUAUAGUGUCUUCGUCAAUGUCCCUCACACUACCAGUACUCGUAGCCAGUUUGACCUUCAUGUUGUGGUAA